CCGUAAUUUGUGAACAGUCAUGGCGGGAAGAAGGCGCUGCAGAAGAAAGAGCUCUUCGUCUUCCUCACCCAUUCCGAUCGGGAACUGCAACGUCGAGAUUGAAGGAAGCGACUUCGUCUGCAAAUCGAGCAGAAACAAUCUCCAUAUCUCAGUUUCAGAUACCGUAAAAAUCAAAAUUUCAGUGGACAAUUCAAGAAAAUGCAUGGCAAAGAAGCACUGUAAUGAGCUUCAGCACCAGGAUUCUGAAGAAAGAGUGGAAAGAGAGGGAGGUUUCUCUAUGGGGAAUUACUUAUUCCUGCUCAUUAAUCCCAAAGAUAUUGAUAGUCGUAGCAAAUGCCUGCUGCAGGAAGUGCUAGGGAUUUACACGAAAGAACUACCGUCAAUGAAUUAUGCUGCAAAUACUGGAAAGGAAUCACUGUUCCUUGAAAAAUGUGUACUGAAUGGAAAAUACUGUACCUUGUUGUUGAAAUCAAAUUCUAGCGAAAGAUCUACUGAGGUGGUAGGUGCAAUAACUUAUCAAAUAAUUCCUGUUGACACACAGUAUGCUGAGAUCCCCGUUGCUGCCAUAAGUUCAAACUACCAACACAAGGGGAUUGGCCGCCUUCUCUACACAGAGCUGAAAAGGAGACUUCAGAGUGUUGGUGUACGUACAAUAUUUUGUUGGGCAGACAAAGAAUCUGAAGGCUUUUGGUUUAAACAGAGUUUUGUAUCAGUAGCAGAAGUGGAUACCAAGGGUAAAGUUCGCAAGGUUCCAAUUAGAGCUGAUAUUCGGAGAGCAUUAUGCUUUCCUGGUGGCUCCAUCCUUAUGGUUUCUCAUAUUAAUAAGGAUAUCAAUCUUCCUGCUAAUCAUUCAAAACAGUUUGAAUUGGGCUUUCCAUUAAAGCCUCAUGCUCCAUCAACAUCAUCUUUUCCUGUUGAAAUGCAAGAACCGGUGGGUAUAGGGGAAUUGUCUAAUCCUAUGACAAAUAAUUGUUUGGAGGAAGCAGCAGCACUAAAUCAAAUUGGUCCCCAAACCAAAAGUCAGUGUCAGGUCUUGGGGAAUGGUGGAUGUUUAGUGGAUGGUUCUUCUUCUAGUGAUUUUGUAAAGAAUUGCAUGGAUGUGGUUCUGUGGGAUGAUUGCAAGAACACCACCAUUGCUCCAGAAGCAGCUGAAACUGGAGAUGGUACUGAUGUAAAGUAUUGUUCUUGUUCUAGACAAGGUGCAAAGAAACGGGUGUGGGAAGCAUCCUUGUCCUCUUUGAAAUCAAAAAAAGUAAAGGGUGGUCAUCAUAUUGGCUGUCAUUUGGAUUCUAAUUGGGAACUUGUUUCUGAAAAUGGACGAGGAAAUGAUUCUUCUGUUGGUGGUUACUCCUUGGGUACUUCUGUAGAUAAAACUCUUGUGGAAGUUAAUCACAAAGAUGCUCUGAAUUGUAGUUCUUUGGCAUCCCAUGUUGAAGAAAGUCCACUUCAUAUCAUGCCAAAUGAAUAUAAUACAAGUGAGAAACAUCAGUCAAAAGGGGAAUGCCAUAGAAUUAUGCUAAUGAAUAUAGCAGAUGAGGUUAAGAAAAUGCAUCUUACAAAGAUUAUUGAAGGCCUUGGUGGUGUUGUUACAUCUGAUGGGAGAGUGAGCACUCAUGUUGUCACAGGAAAAGCAAGAAGGACUCUGAAUUUUUGCACUGCCUUGUGUUCAGGAGCUUGGAUAGUCUCAUCAAGUUGGUUAAAAGCAAGCUUCAAGGAAGGCAGAUUUGUGGAUGAAUUACCAUUCAUUCUAAAAGAUGAAGAAUAUGAAUUGAGAUACAGAAUGGAAUUGAAGGAUGCUGUUCAUAAGGGAAAAACAAGUCGCCAAUCUUUGCUUAAAGGAUACGACAUCUAUCUUGCUAAACAUGUUCAGCCUCCUGUUGAUGUCCUUUCAAUCAUUAUUGAGACUGCUGGUGGAAAUGUUCUUUGUGGAUUGGAUAAAGUUAACGAGCCAUCAAGAACAAUCUUUGUUGCAAGUGAAGAAGACAUGGAUGAGGUACUUUUGGCUUCAAAGAGAGGGAUAUGGAUUUUCAAUAGCGACUGGUUUAUGAAUUGUGUCAUGACACAGGAGCUUGAUUUGGAGGCAGCUCAGUUUGCAGAACCUCUCUAGUGCACUCCAAGCUUCUCAAACAUGUAGAUAUGUCUAUUCAUGAUUCUUGUGAAUGGGAGCAAAGUUUCUAUAUAUGCUAUAUAUUUUAAUGCCGCAUUUUGGUCCAAAAUUGUCAAACAAGGGUAUCUGGUUUGUUACCAUAUUUACAGCAUAGAGGAAGUCGGCAAAUGUUGAUUUUGCUAUUGGCUGAUUGUCCAA